UCCAGCUGUUCCUCAAGAAACAAUCAGCGAUGGUGGAUUCACUUGCUGACAUGCGAGUUGACCUGGCAGGUGAUGGGCGAUGUGACUCGCCAGGCUACAGCGCCAAAUACCUCGCAUACAGUGUGCUUGCCGUGCAGAAUGGCUGCAUUCUACACACUGAGCAGGUGCAAGUCGGAGAGUCACCCGAAGUCCCCAACAGCGUCUCAAUGGAGAAACAAGGACUUGCGAAGUGCCUGACUGCUGUGGAGGAACUAGGCAUCCACAUAGGCUCGCUGACAACAGAUCGACAUCCUGGUGUCAAGCAGUACUGCCGCAAACACAAGCCAAACAUACCACACUGGUAUGAUGUUUGGCAUGUUGGUAAAGGCCUCAAAAAAAAGCUCCUGGCUGCCAGUCGCAGACAUCGAGUUCUGUCUCCUUGGAUCCAAAGCAUCAUCAACCAUCUUUACUGGGUUGCUGCAAUGGGCCAAGGAGAUGGAGACCUUGUUGUCAGCAUGUGGAGGAGCCUGCUGAACCAUGUUUGCGACAAACAUGAUGGCCACGAUGGUCCCUACGAGAAAUGCCUGCAUGACCAGCUUGAGGACAGGGAAUGGUUGAGCCCAACAUCACCUGCAUUUCUCCAACUAAAGACCAUCGUGGACAAUCCUCUACUUUUGAGAGACAUUCGCCGGCUCUCUCCCGAGGUGCAAACGUUCUCAUUGGAGUCGUUCCACAGUGUGCUGAACUGCUUCGCGCCGAAAGCUAAUGCUUUCUCAGAGGACGGCAUGCAAGCAAGGACAUGGCUCGCUGUACUUCACUUCAAUGAGAAUGCCAAACGGCAACAGGCGCAUACUCGGGAGGGAGAGGAGCAAUGGAAGCUGAAAUCCUCCAAGGCGAGGCGAGGUCACUUUACUGUUGCUGCAGUCAAAGAGAAGCCUAGCUAUGGAUACGUCGAAGAGCUGCUGAAGAACGCUGUGGACCUCUGUGAGCACUCGUCGUACAAGGAGAGUUUCAACAACGCGGCGUUCAGCCGUGCCAUAUGUCCCUCGCAUAUGAACGGCCCAUCAAAGGAGGAGCUCAUGCUCAGAGGCGCACACGCUUUCCUACACAAUCACCCUCAUGAAAGAACUGCAUCAGUACAUGUAUGA